AUGAUAUCCGGCGCGGCCCUGAGCGAGCUCGCCGCAGACGAGCUCUGCAUCGGAGCGCUCCAGUACAGCGACGACAGCAGCGAUGGCGAGUCUAUUGGCGAAACACCUUCUUUGGACGGCGGUGCCGCGCUGGAUGACGUGGCCACGACCAGCCCUCUGCCUGCGUCCCAGAGUCCGCCACCAUCCACGCCGCCAAAGCUGCCGCCAGGGCCGGCGCCGACACCGGCCCCACCCGUCUGCGUCUGCCGCGCCGCCUCCGACCCUACGUACGAGGUGACGCGCUGGCACUGGUCCACCCUCUCCGUGGCUGCCUUUCGCGCCCACUGCGCCGCAUCGCGCUGUCCGCUCAUCAUUACAGGCCUCGGCCCGCACCUGGCGCCCAGAGGCCUCUCCCUCGAGCGGCUGCGCGCCCUGCUUCCGGCGGACAUGGCGGUGCCCGUGCGGGGCCACGGCACGAUGAGCGCGGCCUCCUUCUUCGGCCGCCUCGACGCCGGCGAAGCUCUUUACCUCGCGGACGUGCCUCUGGCCAUUCACUUCCCGUGGCUGUUUGACGAGGUGGCGGUGCCCGCCUACUUUCUGCACGACUUUGCGCACCGCACGCGGCGCAGGCUCUCGAUCAUGCAUGACACGCCCUCGCUCUUUGUCGGCGGCGCCGGCACCACCUCUGCUCUGCACGUCGACCAGAUGUGCUCCAACUUUUGGAUGUACCUCGGCGAGGGCGCCAAGCGGUGGAUCACCUUCCACCCGGACGACGCGCCGCUCCUCUCGCCCACUUGGGACGCGCCCGAGCAAAUCCAUCGCUUCGCACCGCUCGCGCAGCUCGAGAGCGACGCGCAGAGCGCCGCGUCGCUGCGGCAGGCGCGGCGGCUCGAGUUUGAGCUGCGCGCCGGCGAGGUGCUCUACAUCCCGCACAACACGCCCCACGAGGUGACCAACCUCGCCGCCACCUGCGCCGUCUCGGCAAACUACCUCGACCAGACCAACGUCGCCUAG